CUAAAGUACACCAAUAACAUUCCACUUUUCAAGUAAAAACAAAUAUUGGUUUUAAAAAAUGAAGGAAAAAAUGAGGCGCAAUUUUUGGAUUUCCUCCGAAAUAGAGUGCAUGUUAAAUUUGCUACGUGAAGUUUAUAGAAUACAAGGCACCACUGCCACAACAAAUUACACAUUUAUACAAAUUGCAAACAAGAUGAAGAAGAAGGGAUUUCCCAACAAGUCGGCCACACAAAUACGACGAAAAUGGUUUCAAAUGAAGUCGGCUUAUUUGUGCUAUAAACGCGGUAAUGUUGAGAGGUUGCUCCUGAUACCUGAGAAAUUUCGUCCUAUAAUAGCGCAAUUUGUUGAUAAGGAAAUUAAACCGAAUUACCGCGAGCUGUCACCAUCUCCGGAACCUGAGCCAGCACCACAACCAACACCAUCGCCUCCACCUGCGCCAGCACCUGUUCAAACACCUAUAACGACAUAUAAUAGAUUGAGAGACACGUCUAAUGCCAGAAGUGGCGCUAAAAGCGUUAACAAUGAUCUGAUUUAUGAUGACUUUUUCUCCGAAAUAAAGCAGACACACAAAAUUAUUAACAGUACCUUUUCGAAUAUGCAAAAAAUUUUAAUGGAUUUCGAACAUGAGUGCCAAGCUGAGAGAGAUGCUAAGCUUAUUACAUUUAUAAAUAGUAUGAAAUAUGACUUUUAAUAAAAAGUAAAAUUUAAAAUAUA